AUGACACUCGAUUCGAUAAACGAGAGCGGUAGCAGUAACAACACAACCAACAAAAACAAUCAUACGAAUACAAACGAUGGUCCCGCGGAAAGUGGCCAGAACCGGCGACGGAGACGUCGCUGGGGGGAAGUUCCGCCGGUUCCCGCCACCUCCCUUACAACAACAACAACAACAACAACGAACGCUCCGUCCCCACCGGAACUGGAUCCCAAAGCCAAAGUGCUGGCAAUGCAAGAAAGUAUUCGGGCCCGGUUAGCGGCUGCCAAAGCCAAACAAGAGUUACAAAAAACCAUUGCGGCAACACCCAUUGCGACGAAUGAAGCAGCAUCGGGUGCGAGCAAACGGCCUCUGGCGUACGAACCCCCAAACGGUCUGCCGAAAGCAACCAAACGUGCCAAGACGUACAAUAUUGACUUGUCGGUGACGGCACCCACUUUCCAAAAAGGUACAAAAGCAGUCGGCGACGCGACGACUACCGGUACCAGUCCCGCACCCGCGGUGCCGCUCCAAAAGGUGAACAACCCGUACUUGGCUCAUUUGGAAGAGCACGACACCGAAGCCGUCGUGGACGAUCGCUUGGAUCGAGCCUCAAAACCGCGGCGGCCGCACAAACCCUUGCAUUUUAUCGAACCGGGCACCUUUGCCGCGCUGGCCGAGCGCAAACGCGAAAAAGCCGCACUCGCGCAGGCGAGUGGGUACGUGUCGGGGCGCAAGACGGGGCACACGAUUGUUUCCGCCAACCUGGCGUCCGUGUACGGUCCGCAACACGGGAGAGAUGAAGAGGAAGACGAGACACUCAAACCGCGGUGGGACGCACAUCCGGAUACCAAAAUGCCUUUGACGAUGGAAUGGUGGGAUACGGAAUUGUUGCCCCAGAAAUUGAAAAAGCAAGUGGCGGCCGCGGAAGCAAAAGAACUCAAUAGUCAAGCUCAAGCGCAGUUGGUGAAUCUAGACGACACGGACACUGGUACCAAGGCAGUGACCAGUGUUGCUGCAGACGGAAAUUUCGAGGCCUUGCAAAAAGCGUGCUUUGAUCAAGCCGCGCUAUCCUACAGCAAAACUGCAGCCUUGGUUCAACACAUCGUGCCAAUCAAACCACCGAACGCACCGUCCGGUCCGGCGAAACAGGCGGUCUUGCAUUUGACACGAAAGGAACUCAAACGUCAACGAAAGCUGCGCCGGCAAGAGAAGCAACGUGAGAUGCAAGAUUUGCAAGCUGCUGGUCUAGUACCCGCACCCGAGCCUCGCUUGACCUUGUCCAAUUUUAUUCGUGUGCUGGGUGAUCAAGCAUUUUUGGAUCCAUCGCAUAUGGAACAAAAGGUUGCUCAGCAAAUGCAGGCUCGGCAACAAGCCCAUUUAAAACGGAAUGAAACCAACAAAUUGACGAAAGAACAGCGGGCCGCCAAGCGCACCAAAAAACUACAGGAAGACACUUCGCAAGGGGUCACUGUCGCGCUGUUUCUAGUGCAGGACUUGUCCCAUCCCUUGUUGCGCGCGAACCUGGAUUUGAACGCCCAGCAAAACAACAUUUCUGGAGCAGUAAUCGAAUGCCAAGAUCCUUCACUAGGCUGUGUGAUUUGCGAAGGCGGUCCCAAAGCAAUCAAACGCAUGACGCGACUCAUGUUGGUACGGAUGAAAUGGCGGGGCCCUGAUGACGGAGAAGAAUUGGAGUACGAAAGCGAUGAAGAGGAUGAAGCUGGUGAGUAUUCUACACACAAAUACAAUCCUGAUAACAAGUGCGAAUUGGUCUGGCAAGGAAUGGCGGUCAAGCGAGUCUUUAAUGGCUUUCUCUUUCAGUCGGUCGAAACUUCCAAUCAAGCGCGCAAAAUUCUCAAAGCCAAAGGGGUAUCUCACUAUUGGGAUCAACUUUUGAUAUGCAAAAGUGGUCGCGGCGAAGUCUUUCGCUUGAAGCUAGGCGAUGACAGUGAAGACGAAGAAGGCAACCCGUUUGAGAAGCUGGACGAAGACAUUGUCAUGGCUGACGAGUAG